CGUUCACGCUGUUUUGCUGUCACGAGCACUAUCCGAGCGGUGAGCUGGACGUUUCAGUGGAUACCAUUUAUUUUUUUGCCAAGUUUGUGAAACAAAGGCAGCGCUGCUAAUUUCUACCGUUGGCUGGCAGGUCAGACUCCGCUGUUGCUCCGGGCACUCUGUCCUCCGUUAACUGAGUGGUAAUGCUAGCAAGCUAGCUAGCUUAGCUGUUAGGAUAGCUAAACGGUGCGUGACUCGAAGUAACUUCUCGUAAGAUUAACGGACAGCAUUCUAAUUAACGCAUUUCACUGCACUUGUCUUGAAGACAUCCAAACAUUGGCGUGGGUGUUUUUAACUUUGACGAUACACCACCGCAGAUGUUACGCGCCGCUAGCAAGGAAAGGAUUGAAUGAAAUAACGUUAGCUUGCCGUAGCAGCGGAAACGAGCCAGCUACCACUGAUAACUUCUGCUGCUGCGGGUUUUCUUCCACCAUCCAGCGGAUCUAGCCAAUGCUAGCAGGGCCACUCAAACACCAGUAGAAAGCGACUUUAGCUCGACAACUUCCAGUCAUUCACAAAGCUGUACCGAGCAGGUGUCUGUGCUGAGUCCGGUGUGGACAGCUGCCCAGAGUCGGGUCGUUUGGACGUUGAAGGCCGGAGUCUGAGGACGGAGAGCUGCAAACAUGCCGGCGGUGUCGAAAGGAGACGGGAUGCGGGGAUUAGCGGUUUUCAUUUCGGACAUAAGAAACUGUAAGAGCAAGGAAGCUGAGAUCAAACGGAUAAAUAAAGAGCUGGCCAAUAUCCGCUCCAAGUUUAAAGGAGACAAGGCUCUGGAUGGCUACAGUAAGAAGAAGUACGUGUGCAAGCUGCUCUUCAUCUUCCUGCUCGGCCAUGACAUCGAUUUUGGACACAUGGAGGCUGUUAACCUGCUGAGCUCCAACAAAUACACAGAGAAACAGAUCGGGUACUUGUUUAUUUCAGUGCUGGUAAACAGCAACAGUGAGCUCAUUCGUUUGAUCAACAAUGCCAUCAAGAAUGACCUGUCCAGCAGGAACCCCACCUUCAUGUGCCUGGCGCUUCACUGCAUUGCCAACGUAGGCAGUCGUGAGAUGGCAGAGGCCUUUGCCAGUGAGAUCCCUCGCAUCCUGGUGGCUGGAGACACGAUGGACAGUGUCAAGCAGUCGGCUGCCCUUUGUUUGCUGCGGCUCUACAAAACUUCUCCUGACUUGGUGCUGAUGGGGGAAUGGACUUCACGUGUGGUGCACCUGCUUAACGACCAACACAUGGGGGUGGUGACUGCAGCCAUCUCUCUCAUCACCUGUCUGAGCCAGAAAAAUCCAGACGAGUUCAAGACGUGCGUCUCUUUGGCUGUUUCCAGACUCAGCAGGAUUGUGUCUUCAGCCUCCACGGAUCUGCAGGACUACACCUACUACUUUGUGCCGGCUCCGUGGCUGUCCUGCAAGCUUCUGCGUCUGCUGCAGUGCUACCCUCCUCCAGAAGACGGAGCUGUGAAAGGCCGGCUGGUAGAGUGCUUGGAGACUAUUCUCAAUAAAGCUCAGGAGCCGCCCAAGUCCAAGAAGGUUCAGCAUUCCAACGCCAAGAACGCCAUCUUGUUUGAAGCCAUUUCACUUAUUAUUCACUAUGACAGCGAGCCAAACCUCCUGGUGCGAGCCUGUAACCAACUUGGUCAGUUCCUGCAGCACAGAGAAACUAACCUGCGCUACCUAGCUCUGGAAAGCAUGUGCACCUUAGCCAGUUCUGAGUUUUCACACGAAGCUGUGAAGACCCACAUUGAGACUGUCAUCAAUGCCCUCAAGACUGAAAGAGACGUGAGUGUUCGACAGCGGGCAGCUGACCUGCUGUAUGCCAUGUGUGACCGCAGCAAUGCCAAGCAGAUUGUAGCAGAGAUGCUAAGCUACCUGGAGACAGCAGACUACUCUAUCAGAGAGGAGAUGGUGCUGAAAGUGGCCAUACUUGCAGAAAAGUAUGCUGUAGACUACUCCUGGUAUGUAGACACCAUUCUGAACCUCAUCCGCAUUGCUGGGGACUACGUCAGUGAAGAGGUGUGGUACCGCGUCAUUCAGAUCGUCAUCAACAGAGAUGAUGUGCAAGGCUACGCCGCUAAGACUGUUUUUGAGGCCUUGCAAGCACCGGCCUGCCAUGAAAACAUGGUAAAGGUUGGAGGGUACAUUCUGGGAGAGUUUGGGAACUUGAUUGCUGGAGACCCACGGUCCAGCCCCCUGGUCCAGUUCAACCUUCUCCACUCGAAAUUCCACCUGUGCUCUGUGCCGACUCGCGCCCUUUUGCUGUCGGCCUACAUCAAAUUCAUCAACCUGUUUCCAGAGACCAAGGCUACAAUCCAGGAAGUACUGCGCUGUGACAGCCAGAUCCGCAACUCCGAUGUGGAGCUGCAGCAGCGAGCUGUCGAGUAUCUGAAGCUCUCUUCCAUUGCUAGUACAGAUGUUCUGGCCACAGUUCUGGAGGAGAUGCCUCCAUUCCCAGAGAGGGAGUCCUCUAUUCUGGCGAAGCUGAAGAAGAAGAAAGGGCCUGGGGCCGUUUCUGUGACCGAACUAGAAGACGGCAAAAGGGAGGGUGGCGAGUUGAACGGAGGAGGCGAACGUGGGCCAGAUGCAGCAGUCAUGGCUGCCUCUAACGCAUCCACCCCAUCACCAUCAGCAGACCUCCUUGGCAUUCGUUCUUCUGCUCCAGUUAAUACUGCUCCAACCAGUACUGGCAGUCUACUGGUGGAUGUUUUCUCGGAGGCAGGGCCGGCGGCAUCUUCUGCUGCUGUGAACGAUGAUGGCUUCCUCAGAGAUCUGGAACAGCCCACUGAGACCUCGGACCCCCUGUUGGUGGAGGGUUCUGGUGACUCAGACUCUGCUCCUCCCUCUGAGGAUCCUGCUCCUCCUCUGUCUGAAGCAGACGAGCUGCUCGACAAGUUUGUGUGCAAAAACAAUGGUGUUCUGUUUGAGAAUCAGCUGCUACAGAUCGGCAUCAAGUCAGAGUACCGUCAGAACCUUGGGAGAAUGUACUUGUUCUACGGUAACAAGACGUCUGUGCAGUUUGCCAGCUUCUCAACCACGGUCAGCUGUCCUGGAGAGCUCCAGUCUCAGCUUAAUGUUCAGUCCAAACCAGUGGAGCCACUGGUGGAGGGUGGAGCCCAGAUCCAGCAGGUCCUGAACAUCGAGUGCCUGACUGACUUCUGUGACGCCCCGCUGCUCAACAUAAAGUUCAGAUAUGGAGGAGCUCUGCAAAACCUGACGCUCAAACUGCCCGUCACCAUCAACAAGUUCUUCCAGCCCACUGAGAUGUCCUCACAAGACUUCUUCCAGCGCUGGAAACAGCUGAGCCAGCCUCAGCAAGAAGCACAGAAGAUAUUCAAGGCCAACCAUGGGAUGGACACUGAAGUUAUCAAGGCGAAGCUGCUGGGAUUAGGAAUGGCCCUGCUGGACAAUGUUGAUCCGAACCCAGAGAACUACGUGUGUGCUGGAGUGAUCCAGACCAAGGGCCAGCAGGUCGGCUGUCUGCUCAGACUGGAGCCAAACGCACAGGCACAGAUGUAUCGUCUGACUCUGCGCUGCAGCAAAGACUCCGUGUCCAGGCGUCUCUGCGAGCUGUUGGCCCAGCAGUUCUAGAGUCCAGACCUAAUGACCAGUUCUCCCACCAUCCCUACCAGCAAUCUGUCCUCCGUACCUCCCCUCCUCCCUCCAACAACAAAUAAAGAAAAUAAUUGAGGUUUAACUUCAGAAGGGAAAAACCAGCUGCUGCCAGCAGCAGCGGCGAUAUUAUUGUCCUCCUCCUUCUGAUUCCAGUUCAUCUUCUACUUGUUUAUUAACACCAUGCUACAAUCUUGUUUUGUUGGUUAACCUGUGUACCAGGUGUGUGUGUGUGUGUGUGUGUCUCCUGUGGUUGCGCUGGGCUCUCAUCCUGAUGUAAUUUCUGAGUGCGAGGUUAAAUUUGUUGAACAUUCCUUGAAGUCAAAUGGGAGAAGCCGUUAAAGGUGCACACUACCCCACUCCAACCCCCCACCCCCACAGGACCCUCCCGUGAUGAGACCAACUAGUUUAGGGGUCCUCAAACAUUCCUGAUGAAAAUGCACUUAAAUCUUGGGUUCCCUCCCCGUUAUGAGGGCCUGUAGUGAGUGACGCUCGGGUUCAGUCAGCUUCUUGUUGUCCAUGUAAAUAUGGUGGUUCACUUCCUGCUGUCCAUCUAAUCCACGCCGCACAGGUAGG